AUGCAUAUCUUUAAAUUCUUAAACUUCAAUCAUUCAGCUUUUGAUAUGGUAAUACUUGCAAUCCAAUUCAUUCGCAGUAUCCAAUUAUUUUUUCAUCAUCUUUCUAUUAGGCUAUUAGGCUUUUAUUCAUCAUUUAGAAUUAUAGGUAUUUUGUUUAAUUCAAUAAGGCAACAGAAUUUAAUUUGUCUAUAUACUUAAAGGUAAUUUGCAAGCGUGA